AUGCCGAACGCCACCGACCAUGAUGAUAAGUUUGAGGACGUGGCAAUGGAGGACCCGGUCCGCAAUGUCAUCCUCGACGUCCAGCACUGGAAGGAAACGGAUGCUGUGGAGCUGCUUCUGACACCACUGUGA